UGGAGGCUGGUGGUGCGCUCGCUAGUUGCCAUAUGGACUAUUGAAUCACGGCAGGGAGAUAUUGCCUUGUAUGUUUACGAAAUGGACGUGUAAUGUAUACAAUGUAAACUUUUGGACGUUAAGCAGCGUGAAUGAAAGUACGUCGGAGUUUUUCUGGAACUUUUCACCGCUGAGAAAGGAUGACGACAACACAAUAGUGCUGGCAACGUGCAUGUGUUUCAAUUCCCACACGCUGGGCACCCUACAGCAAAGAUGAGGAUACAGGGACAGCCCGAGGGCGCGAGGAGGCGUCUGGAUUUAAAUGCAGCCGGGGAUCUGAGGGGCGUGGAGCUCAUACGUGGACGAGCAGGAUAUGGCUUUACUAUCACGGGGCAGAGGCCAUGUCUCCUAAGUGGCAUCCUGGAGGGAAGCCCUGCUGACCUAGUGGGACUCAAACAGGGGGAUCACAUCAUGGCCAUCAAUGGAACUGACGUGUCCACUGCUUUGCAUGAGGCGGUGGUGCAGUUGAUUGGCAGCUGCAAAGGACCCCUGCAGUUAGUGGUGCAUGUUGCAAGCCGAAUGAUGGGGAACCCCAUUCUUAAUGACGCAAAAUUUGGGAUUGCCCAGAAAAAUGGUAUGUUCCAAAAGGCAGGUGUUCUCCGCACUAUCUCAUAUGAUUCAAGCAACUCCUCCUUCAACCCAUGUCAGGCUAUCAGCCCCAGACAGAGGCCGGUGUCAGAGCCUGAUAUGUCCCAAUGGUCACAGCAGUGGAACUCUUUAGCUGCGCAGCAAAAAGAGGACAUGUCCAGAGUGGCGGACACAGACUCUGUGUUUACAGACACAGAAGAAAAUAUUUCUGACUGGAGUAUGUUAAACAUGACCUUGGUGGUGGGCUAUCUGAGCUCCACAGAGCUUAUUUUGAACACUACAGGGUCAGAGGAGGACUGUUUGAAAGCCAUUCGGGAGCGAAUACGACUGUUGGGAACAGAGCAGAACACCCACACUCUGGUGAUGAUGAAAGUCAUGUAUGACUGUAUUCGACUUUGUGACGACGCAGGAGCUGUUUUGGCAGCCUUUCCUGCUGAGAACCUGGUUUUAGGGGCUGUGUGUGCCGAAGACCCACGUUUUUUCUGCCUGGUCACCACAGCACACAUAAUAAAUGGGCGUGUGCCAGAGGGCGUUCCUCUGCGGGCUUCCUGCCAUGUUUUCUUCAUCGACCCAGAGCUGGGGAACCAUGAGGACCAUACGGGCAUUGCUGGACGCUUUGCCUUCGAUUGCACUUCAGAUCCAGACGCCUUGGGGUGCCUGGAAUUCCCUCAGACCCCCCAAGAUGUUCUCCACUUUGUCACAGUCCUGUACAGUGACCUGGGGGAGGCUGUGGAGAGGCUUCGGGUGAAACUGGACGUGGAGGGUCAGCAGCAAGCCAAGGAAGAGGGAAGUAAUGGCAAAGAAGGCAGUGCUAGUAGCAAUGGGGACAGUGGAAUUGAAAAUGCGUCCCCCCCUGAGGAAAUAGCGGACAGGGAUUUCCCCUCUGCAAUCCAAAGCCCCCCUGGGGCCACCCUCCCCAGCUGUCCAUGGGAUUAUCCUCUAGCUGAAGACCUCACCCCAAUAAAUCUCUCCAAGAAUGGCGAAAAACUGAAUCCAGAGAACAGUGCCAGCACACAUUCCCUUUCUGAGUCACUACCUGGCCCUGAUUCUCUUCAUAGAUUUUAUGGGGGUCCCCCGCCCAGACUGGAGUUCCAGUUCAAGCCCCCACCACCUCCUCUGCCUUCGGGUAAAAAAUCGAACUCCUUUGUAGACCCGCUCAGAGGAAGCCAAAGGUGGUGGCCAAAGGCAAAGUGGCCCAAAGUCCUCCACGGUGAGGCGGACCCUCAGGUGACCAACAACUGGUCCUCAAGCAUAAGCUUGGGCUCCGGGACCAAUAACCUGCCCCCCCCCAUGAGCCAGAUCCCCUCAGACAGGUACUGCUCAGCAGAGGUCAUGAUGCUCCCUCCCAGAGAGGAAUGGACCAAAAUGUUUCUCGACCAGAGGGAGAAACAGCAGAAAAACCAUAAUACCAAAAAUGUCUCCAGGUUUUGGGGUAUGGGUGUUAACCGUGCAUCUAAACGCCGCUCUGUCAAACGGCUCAGCCUGGCAAGAUCCCUGGAUGACCUCGAGUCUGCUGCUUCCUCAGAUGGUGACUACAGUGGAGUCCAGUUGCAGGGAUGCUGCAGCCAGAGCAGCCUGAACAGUAAUGGCAGUCUUCCAGGAGCGGGCAGCCUGCGAGGGGUCCCGGAGCAGAGAGUGGCCAGCUGGGCCGCCUGCUUCGAACGCCUCCUCCAGGACCCAGUGGGGGUGCGCUACUUCUCGGAAUUUCUCAAGAAAGAAUUCAGUGAGGAGAAUAUCUUGUUCUGGCAGGCCUGUGAAUACUUCAGUCAUGUCCCUGCAGCUGAUAAAAAGCAGCUGUCUCAGAGAGCCGGAGAGAUCUACAACAGCUUCCUGUCCAGCAAGGCCACCAUGCCGGUCAACAUCGACAGCCAGGCCCAGCUGGCCGACGACGUCCUCACCUCCCCGCGGCCCGACAUGUUCAAGACGCAGCAGCUACAGAUCUUUAAUUUGAUGAAGUUUGACAGUUAUUCCCGAUUCCUCAAGUCCUCCCUUUACCAAGAGUGCAUGCGUGCCGAGGUGGAUGGCCGAUCUCUGCCGGACCCUUACCAGAUUCCCUGCAGUCCUGCGCCCUCUAAACACAGCGCCAGCUCGGACCGCUCCUCCCUCUCCACUCCCAAAAAGGAGGCCAGAAAGCAGAGGUCAGGGAGGUCACUCACCGAAGACAAGGAUGAGAGCGCCGAUAAGAAACGCGGCUUCUUCUCGUGGUCCCGCAACAGGAGCUUUGGAAAGGGCCCCAAGAAGAAGGACAUAGGAGACAUAAACCUGGACACUGGGCUCUGUGUUGCCAUAGUGAUUUGUCCAGAGGAAUCUUACCUCGAUCUUCCCAGCAGAGCAGGAAGUGGCCAUCUCCAGACUGGUACCGGACGACAAGGAGCCCUGGGACUCCCUCCGCCCAUUACUGCCCCAGUAGUCUGCACAAGAGAACACAGAGGAGGGUGA